GAUUCUUCGACAUUCUUCACACUAGCUAGAUCUGUAUUCCGAUUCAUCUUGAUUAUGCUCAUCCUUCUUCGCCUUCAAGCCAAACGUAAACGUCAAUGAUAACAAAAAAGACGUUUCUAUAAAUUCUCCCAUCAAUGGGAAACUGUAAUGGCUGUCUACAGUCACGCAAACGCGGUUACAGAGUCGAUAACGGAGCUAUCCUUAAUGAUGCUAAAACCCUAACCGAUAAGCAUAAAGGCCAAGAUCAAAGAAUGGAAGAAGCUAAAUCUAAAAUGGAUUCUCCAUCUCUGCCUUAUGUGAACGUCGAUUCUUCUCUCCGAGCUCUCGCCGGUCAAGCUGAAGGUUUCGGCCGCUCUGCCAUCGGCGGUCUUCACGGUCCACUUUAUCACGUUACUACUUUGGAAGAGGCUGAAACAGAGUUCCAUAACUUCUUUCAACAAGGAUACUCUAAGAAGGUUGCUGGAGAAAUUUUUUACUACGGUUUCAUCAGGUUUCUACAAGGUGAAAGUGGAAAAUGGAGUCACUUUCUCGGGGAACUGCUAAGCUUAAUGGUUGAAUUUAAAACAUUGUUACUAUCUGAUAAAAAUGUGCUUUUCUCGUUUUUUACAUCUGUUCUGGGCUGCUCACGCAAUAAUCUUCUAUUGCCAGAAACAAUUGGAGAAAGGUUUGAAAAAUCUAAAAAGAAUCAGAUCAUGCAUUUCAUUGUUGGCUUUGCUCUACCCUUCCUUCUUUUGCACUGCUAAACAUCCUUUCUUUGGUCAAAGGAGUGGAUGGUCAACUCUUACAUGUAAAAGAUGUUAAAAUAUUGUCUAGCAUUCUUUUGAAAAGGCGCCAUGAAUAUCAUAUUCAACAUGCAGAGUCUUGUCAAAAGUUGUCAAAGUUGUCAAAGACAGAGGUUUAUAUCCUCUGCCUUCUACUAGAGGUAUGUGAAGUUGCAUAGGAUUUAGAGGUAUGUGAAGUUGUAUAGAAUUUAGAGGUAUGUGAAGUUGCAUAGAAUUUAUUGUUUGCAUUUAUGUAGGUUAUUAUUAUAUGGUAUUUCAAAGUAGGAAAAAUAUCUAAAUUAUUAUUCUCUGAUGAUUGGUAGACCUGUGUAUCUUCUUCACCUGGUGAAUGUGAAGACCUACUAUUGGAGGUGCUGCAGUAGGGUGAGCCAGCCUCUAAAGAUCCAGCUGUUUUACUGCCUUUCAUAAUUGUCUUGACGAGUCUCACUAACUCAUCUUUUGGAGCUAUGAGUAAUAAAAAUCAGUUAUGCUUAAGUCAGAUGAUGAAGUUGAGAAUGUGAUUGCAAAAGUACAGAAUGGAAUGGCUGAAAAAGAUGUGGUUGCAGGUCAAAAGAAAAUUAUUUCAGAGGUUGUUGCUAUGAAGGUGGGAAGACCUGUCUCUCUUUCCAAGUUUGGUACCAACUGUGGAGGCCUUUUAUUUUUUUAUUAUUGAUUAUGUUUUGUUUGUAUUUCCAGCUUUCCGAACUUAACUGCAGCUUCAAGCAAUCUGAUUUAGCUAAAAAUCAGUUAGAAAGUUGUAGACAGAUGCAUGUAGAGAAGUUGUUAAAAGAAUUCAAAUAAUUUGUAUUUUAUGAGAUA